AUGAAAUGUACUGUUUUGCAUGUUCAUUUAUCUAUCUAUAUCUCUGAGAUGAGUUACAAUUCUUCCUCCACCCCCCACCGUUUCUUCUUUUUGGAGUUGCAGUCCGCCCUUGUGUCUUCUGUCUGGAGUUGCAGUCCGCCCUUGUGUCUUCUGUCUGGAGUUGCCGUCCGCCCUUGUGUCUUCUUUUUGGAGUUGCCGUCCGCCCUUGUGUCUUCUUUUUGGAGUUGCCGUCCGCCCUUGUGUCUUCUUUUUGGAGUUGCCGUCCGCCCCUGUCUUCUUUUUGGAGUUGCCGUCCGCCCCUGUGUCUUCUUUUUGGAGUUGCAGUCCGCCCCUGUGUCUUCUGUCUGGAGUUGCAGUCCGCCCCUGUGUCUUCUGUCUGGGUCUGUCCGCCCUGUGUGUCUUUGUCUGAGUCCGCCCCUGUGUCUUCUGUCUGGAGUUGCCGUCCGCCCCUGUGUCUUCUGUCUGGGUUGCUGUCCGCCCUGUGUCUUCUGUCUGGUUGCCGUCCGCCCCUGUGUUGUCAGUCCGCCCCUGUGUCUUCUGUCUGGGUUGAGUUGCCCAGUCUUCUGUCUGGAGUUGCCGUCCGCCCCUGUGUCUUCUGUCUGGAGUUGCAGUCCGCCCCUGUGUCUUCUGUCUGGAGUUGCAGUCCGCCCCUGUGUCUUCUGUCUGGAGUUGCAGUCCGCCCCUGUGUCUUCUGUUUUUCAUCUCUCUCCACCUUCCCGUAUCUCUCUUCUCUGGAGAGACAAGAUUUUUUCCCUAUCUCUUAGUCACAUUUCUCCAUUAGUUUUCUGA